AUGACUUUUUUUAUGCAAUUUGACCACAUCUUACUUAAUUGGUAGUCAAAUAUUACUCUUUAUGAAAAUAAUGAUGAAAGAAUACUAAAUUUUAAAUUUUAGGAUGAUAAAUUUAUAAUUGUAGUUGAAAAAACAAACAACGAUGUAUAAGAUGAUUUGAAAUCUGAAAAUGUAAUUCUUUACCGAAGCUAAAAUCCAUUAAAAAUUAUAAAAACUUAUCAUUUUAUCAUUUUGUAGUUUGAUACAUAUUUAGAAUAUAUCAAUCCAAUUUCCAUAAGUUAUUUUCUACAAUUAAAAAUGCAUUAACUAUCUUCACUAUAGUAUAACAAUCCCUUAUUACUAUCGAUCAAUUAAUUUCAUGAAUUGGUAACAAUUAAAAUAAAUCAGCAUUCCUGCUAUUUAAUUUGCAAUGAAUAUUAAUUCCAAAAUUAAACUAGUUUGAUAGAAAGUACAUUCUAUAAAAAAUUGAAGAUAUUAACUGCUGUAAUUAUCCAUAAAAAACCUUAUGAGCAAGAAUUUAUUAAUAAUUCCUACGAUAUUCAAUUUAAUUUACUUCAUGAUUAUUUCUACUAUCCAUUAUAUUCAACUUUGGUCACAAAAUUGAAAUUGAAUCCAGAAUUUACUUGUUUAAAUAAUAGCAGUGCAAUUAAAUGCAAUCUCUUAAAAUAUAACAUAUUAAGUAGAUCUUGUAUUGACCUAAUUAAAAAUUACAUUUGGAUCAAAGAAUUUAUUAUCUAAAAUUAAUUACAUGUUUUAUAUUAUUAACAAAAUCUAGAACUUAAGUUGAUGAAUUGUGAAACAAAUAAAUCCUUUGUGGUUGGCAAAUUUGAGGCUCUAGAAAUAGAUGAAAAUUAAUUUUACAUUUUUAAAACUGAUGUUUUUAUACCCUAUUAAAAUGAAACAAAAAUUUUGUGCCUAUAAUUUAAAAAUGGUUCAAACAGUAUUAACCCAAAAAUUCUAAAAAUCUAAGGAAAAUUAAUAACAGUUCUUUAUAAUAGACAUCUUUAUAUCAUUAUUACAACAGUUUGCUAAAUUUAAGUAAUCGAAAGUAGCCUAAUAGUAGAAAAAUUCGUAGAGAUGAGAGAAUAAGGAGUAAGUUUCCUUAAUAGAUGCGAAAAGUUUGAAGUUUUUUUUGGUUUUAUGAAGGCUUGUAGUUUUAAUUAAACAAUUAUAUUUUAUAACCAAAUAUAUACUGUUUAAUUAAAUUUUGAUACCUAAAUACUUUCUAUCAUUUCAAUAUCAUCAUCUUAUAAUUCCUUGAUUUUGAUAGAGAAAACAUAAAAAGAAGAAAUUAACAUCAACAAAUACGAAUUGAUGGGUGAUUAAAAAACCUUACUUUUUGCACUACCAAAAUUUAGUUUUUAAUAUUAGAUUCCUAUUAAAUAUGUAACAACUGGAUUUAUUCUUGCAAUUGCUGCAUAUAAUAAUAAUACUAAAGUAAUCUUGAUUUAUAAUCUAAUUAGUGCCUAUCAUGAAAUUUUAGUUGAUAUUAUUUACGUCGAUAGUUUUAAUUUCCAUUUCUGCUCUGAUACUUAAUUUGCUUUUUUAAAUAAUAAACAAUGGAAUAUUUAUAAUCCACAAAUUCUUGGCUUGGAUUGUCAAAUUGAAAAAUUUGUUGAAAGCUCAAAGAUUUUUAAAUAUGAAUUAUAAUAACGUUCAAAAAUCAACUAAAGUGAUCAAAAGAAAAUCACCCUUAAUUUUGAACUCAUAAACCUAACAGGAUAUAUAAUACAAAGCAAAUCUUCUGUAAAGACAUUUGGAUUUAACAAUAUAAAUUAAAAAAUUGCAUUUGAUCCUUUAAAUUUAGUUUUAGGUCCUAUUUACAAUAUAUCGUCUUCAGAUGCAACUAUCAAUCCUCCACUUUAAAACAUGAGAAAUAUAACUAAAUCAUUAUGUGCUGAGUUAAUUUAAACUAUAUGUUAUAAUUAAAAAAAUAACGAAAUUAUUUUAGAUAUUUUAAAUGAUACAAUAAAUAUGUAAAUUUAGUUAAUGUUUGAUUUAUUUUCUCUAAGGUAAAAGCAUUUAUAAACAUUUAAAAGCGAAGAAUAUUAUAUUAUAGCUUAUUUUUCUGGAGAUUUUGUAUAAACCUUCGAAAUAUAUAAAUAAAAUGUAGGGCUUAUCAUUAAAACUAAUUUACAAGAGUAAUUCAGAAUGAAUUAUGAUUGGAUUAAUAUAUUUUCAAAUUAUUGCUUAAUAUAGUAAAAUGAACAAUUACACGUUUAUGUUAUUUAGUCGGAUUCAUUCAUAAAAAUUGAUACUUUACAGUUUUAAUGUCGAGAUUGUGAGACAAUUAAAGUUAAGAAUUCUAAAAAUACAAUAAUGAUAACUUAAAGUAUAAAUGCUCAUUUUUCAUUUGAAUCAUCAUUUGUAAUUUUGUAAAUAAUUAAAAACAAAGUUUUUUUACAUUAUUUUAAUUAAGUAGAGGAAGAGUUUUUGCUUUAUAAAUUAAAAAGUAUAAUUUAUAUUAGAUUUUACGAUCUGAUCUCAAUAUAAGAUAACUAACUCUCAGGCAAAAUAGUUGGGUUCUAACUUUAACAUAAAAUAUACGUCCUUAACAUUGUGUUAAAUUUAGAAAUAGAUUAAUUAAAAAUUUCUAGCCAGAUAGGAAUUGUUUCAUAUUUUGGAAUUACCACUGUGAAUCAAAUUUUUAUCCUAGAAUCAAAUUUAAUGUUAAUCUCAACAAGUUGCUUUUUAAAUACACACUUACUCUUAUAUAAUUUGUCAGACUUUUCAGUUUUUAAUUCUAAGUAUCCAAUAUAAGCUGUAUCUAUUGAUUAAUACCCAUAAAUUCAAUUUUACAAUCUUACUCAUUUUUUUAUUACUUUUAGGAAUAGUGAUUCAAUUUAACUAUUUAAGAUAUCAGAAUACACAUUAGAUAUGCAAAAUACCUCGAAUAAAUAUGUAAAUCUUUUGUUUUCAAAUAAUGAGCAGAAUUUAGAAAUCUAAGUAGAAUUAAAUUAAAUUUCAAAUCUAAGUUUAUUUUCUAUUUGCUAAAAAUACAUUGUCUAUUUAAUCUUAUUGGCUUGCCUAGUAUUUUGUUUUUUAGCAAAACGAAAAAGAAAAUUGAGAUCCGAGAUUGAAAAUCAUAGUGAAAUAGAAUUAUGA